UUCCUUCACAUGCAAUUCGCCGUAGAGUAGGAUUUUACUGCUAUUUUUAUCUCCUUUUGUUUCGAAAGUUCUCCCUGGCUGGCUGCCUUCUCUGCUACUGAACCAUCAAUCUCUUUCCUUCGAUCUCUUGUUCCCUCUCCCACCUCUCUUCCUUGCAACACAUCAUCCAAUGGCAAUGUCUUCGGCUGAUUCUUGGGACUCUCUCCCUGCCUCCCCUAUUGGGUUUGAGGGCUACGAGAAGCGCCUUGAGAUAACAUUCUCUGAUGCACCUGUCUUUGUGGACCCUUGUGGUCGUGGCCUCCGCGCCCUCUCUCGAGAGCAGAUUGACUCAUUCUUGGAUCUCGCACGGUGCACCAUAGUGUCCCAGCUCUCCAACAAGGAGUUUGACUCGUAUGUGCUGUCGGAGUCGAGCCUCUUUGUGUAUCCCCGCAAGGUUGUCCUCAAGACCUGUGGGGCGACGAAGCUGCUGCUCUCCAUUCCUCGCAUCCUUGAGCUUGCUGCAGAGCUUUCACUGCCUGUUCUUUCAGUGAAGUACUCUCGUGGGACGUUCAUCUUCCCUGGUGCGCAGCCAUCACCGCACCGUAGCUUCUCGGAGGAGGUAUCUGUGCUGAACGGCUUCUUUGGUGGCCUCAAGUCCGGUGGCAAUGCCUAUGUGAUCGGUGACAAGUUCAAGCCCAAGAAGAAGUGGCAUGCCUACUAUGCCACAGAGGAGCCGGAGAAGCCUAUGGUGACACUUGAGAUGUGCAUGACUGGGCUGGAUGUUAAGAAAGCUGCAGUGUUCUUCAAGAACUCUGCCGAUGGCCGUUGCUCAUCAGCUAAGGAGAUGACGAAGCUAUCAGGGAUUUCUGACAUCAUCCCUGAGAUGGAGAUCUGUGACUUUGAGUUUGACCCGUGCGGCUACUCAAUGAACGGCGUCUGUGGGCCUGCAGCCUCCACCAUCCAUGUUACUCCCGAGGAAGGUUUCAGCUAUGCAAGCUAUGAAGCCAUGAACUUCAAUCCUAGCUCCUUGGUUUACAGUGAUGUGAUCAAGAGGGUCCUGGCAGGCUUCUCUCCUUCAGACUUCUCAGUUGCUGUUACAAUCUUCGGUGGGUGUGGCUUUGCCAAAUCAUGGGCAAAGGGUGCAGAUGUUGAUUCCUACAUGUGUGAAGAUCUUGUUGAGCAGGAGCUUCCUGGUGGUGGUCUGCUGAUGUACCAGAGUUUCACUGCUGUUGCGCCUGGCACUGUGUCACCGAGGUCGACCUUGGAGAUGGAUGGCUGGAGCAAUGAUGGAAGUGAGACGGCUGCGAAGGGCGAAGGGAUGUUCUGGGAUGUAGAGGAGGUGAUGAAGAAAGAUGUGGAUGCCUGAGAAAAUGGGUAGUUCAUCACCUGGAGUUGCAAGUUGAAGCUGAGAGAAUUUUUGAGACCUGUUAGGUCCUGUUCUAGUUUCGGUUAAGCAGCUGGUUGGGCUACCGGCAAGCCUAUCUUAUGUUACUGUUUUUUGUUCUUUCAUAUUUCCCUGUCCAAUAAGUGCUCUAGAUGGUUUGCUGCGUCUGCCAUAGUGAGCGAAAUCAGAUUGUAGUAGUAUCUGUUUCUGCUGCCGAUGCUCUUGUGGGGAGAAUGAUCAUGUGACUCAACUAUUUAGGUAAUAUAUCGAAACUUUCGGUCAA